AUGGCUGCUGGUUCGUCAGCAAACGGCAGUAAUCCUCCCUUCCUACCAACGUAUGAUAAAACUCCUCUUUCGUAUCUGCUCGAAACAGCUGUACACAAAACUUACCAUGAGCUCUACACAAUGGCUGAUAUUUUGCCCAGUAAAACAAAUCUGGAACGAAAAGAAGAAUUAGUCAAAUUCGCUUGCCGCACUCGCCAAUUAUUUAUACGAAUUUUAGCUGUCGUCAAAUGGGCUGGAACAGCCGGAAAAGUGAAUGCAUGCGAAAAUAUUCAAAACUUUUUGGAAGGACGAGCUCGUGUUGUGCGUGAAACGUCGGACGCUUUAGCUCAUAUCGCACGGGAAAAACUUCUUGAUGCAAGAUUACCAAAUUAUCCUAUCACAGAUGCUGUGGAUGCCUUGUCACUUGGUUCAGUGACUUUCUUACCUGAAAGAAUAUCGGAAGCAACAACUCCCUUUAUAGCUGCAACCGAAGCUGAACGUCAAGAAAUUUUACCACGUCUUCAACAAAUUCUCACCGCUAGAUUAGCUAUUGCGGAAUUGCCUCUUCAGUUCACCAAUGUUACAAUUAAAAAUGGUAUUGUAACAUUGGCUGUUGAAGGAGAAUUCGAAGUGAAACUAGGUAUAACAAGUGAUAAUCUCUUUGCACCUUGGCAUGUCUACAAAACGAAAUUAUUCUUACGUGAUCCGGAAGAACCAGAACAAGAACUUGUCCAUCCUGCACAAAUGCAAACUUUAACGAACUACAUACAAAGUUGGCUAAUCGAAUCAGAAAAUCCACUCGUGGAAUUGUAUCGAUAUUUACAUUAUUAUUGUCAAUCGUUACGUUUGCAAAUCUUAUACGAACAAGCUUAUCGAAUACGCAAUCGAAGUAGCAAGCAGAAAUAUUUAUAUUUAUCAAAUUAUAUUCCAUGUAAAAGUUUCAAUAUUGAAUAUUGGAAGGAAUAUCACCUCAAUGGUUUCAAUAAUCCACAUAAGAAAAACAUGACGAAUGAGAAAUUCCGUGAUUUCGGUAUGACAAUUGUUUGUGAUGAUGAGGGUAAAUUUCAAAUUAUUCAUUGGCCACCGUUACCUAUCGAAGAUAGUGUUGCUAUCCUACAACUCUUAGAAAAGCCAACGUUUACAAUCGAGGAAAUUCUCAAUCGAACGUUGUCUGCACGAUGUCAACGUCGAUUUGAAGAAUUGAAAGAAACAAUCUUAGCAACAACUUGCGAGAGUAUUGAAAUCGAUCCGACAGUUCCUGUACUAAAAUGUGAAUUAUUACUUGAAAGCACAUCGGAAGAGAUGUUAUUUAUUUCCAUAAGUCCAUUUUCGGGUUUAUACAAAGUCGUCUCCUAUAUAGACUCUCAAUAUCUACAACAAAUUGAACAUGCACUCAAUCGUGAUCAGAAUAGUCUACUCGAAUCAAUCAAUUUAUUCAAAAUUCGGUUAAUUCAACAACGUAUUCCACCAUUAGUCGCUCACCUCAAUUGUCGUGUAUUCACACGUUUACCGUCAUUAAAUCCGCGACACGAACUCAUCAUUCCCUUUCUCCACAAUAGCGUUUUCAUUGAACUUGCUCAUAACGAAGGAUAUUACAUUCUGAUUCAUAUCUCGGAUGUAAAACAACUGUUGAUUCAAUAUUAUUUACUAAUUGUUGAAAAGCGCACAUCCGCUCAUGAUCCGUUAGUGAUUCAGCAACAGAAUUCACCAUAUAAUCAGCAGGCGAUGCUAGCCAGCGACGAGUACGCAAAAUGGACAAUAGAACCGCUGGUGCUAUGUCCUUUGGAUCCAACGGCUUUCUUACGAAAAGAAUCAAUCGAAAUAAAAGAUUCAUUUCAAUUCGAUAAAAUGAGGGACACCAUCGCGGAUGAAAGUAGAACACGACAGGCUCGAUCGACGUCAAUUCUGUCGUUGAAACUGCUAUUAAAAUUGGUUAAUUAUUACGAUGAGAUGUUAACAUUCACUUUUCUAAAAGAAGAAUUUCAACGUAAGAAAACCAUCUGUAAAGGUAUUAUCUACACCCCAUGGACGGGCAUUCCAUAUCUUGACAUCAUUCGGACAUCGACGGGCGAUGAUGCAUUUUCAUCGAAUACUGAACUUUCGAGUUAUAUUAAUGAAUGCUUUUGGCCGCGAAUUUCUUCCUGUACGAUUCGAAUGGUCUAUACUCUACGUGAUACAGCUCAUGCAAACAAAUAUACUGAGAGACAAUGGACUUUACAAUUGAAUCUCGUAGAUGGUAAUUAUUUUCAUAAUUCGAUUAUUAAAACGCCAUACAACUCCACACUGGUUUGUACUCAAAUUGCAUCUAAAUUCUAUCCGAAAGUCGUCGAUUUUAUUCAUAUCGAACUUCGAGCUGCAUUUGAAUUAACGCAUUUAUUUGAGAAUUAUGUGUUAUCACUAUCAGAAUCAGCCGAUCUACGUGCAAUCGCAGAAGUUAGUCAGUUCAAUUUCUUCAAGUGUAUGAUACAUUAUGGACCCAAUUUUGCUUUUGCCAUUGCGUUGACGCAUGUAAUCAAUCCAAAUCAACAACAAGAUGGAAAUUCUACGAAUAUUGGAGCGAUGUUUGAUUUGCGUUUUACGACAACAAAUAAUAAAUUCUUGUACACAACCCAUCAGCUACUGAAUGCUAAGCUACUUCAAUUUUUGAAUCGAACACGCUCGUUGAAGCAGUUCAUUCGAUUACUACAUAUGACUGCAAUUCCGAUGGCUUCCAUCGGUCGAUUGAAUUGUUUCAAUCGUCCAAUUGUUCUCACAAAUCAAGGUACAUGCAUUCAAUCGAUACUCACACUAGUUCCUUAUACAGAAGUCCGAUGGCGUUUACUUUUCGGUCAAAUUUUUGCAUUAGACAUCCAAAUCUGUGGACCUAAUCUUAUCCUUAUACGCGAUGGAGCCUACAGUGUACAAUUGAACCAUACAUUACCUGAUGUUUCACCCAUACCGCGAUUAAAGGAUUUCUUAUCGAAAUAUGCCGAUGAUCGAGGUUUAACAUUUGAAUUUAUGCAUAUUACUGAUCGAUUUCGUGAUCGAGACUUUCUUUUACCUGAAUUGCAGCUACCCCCACUAGCACCCCCUACAUCAACUGCAACAAUCACAAAUCCUCCAUCGAAUCGGCCAGCAACAUCAGGAAACGCGCCAACUCCACAUUUACUUCCACCUGUUGGUACACCCGCAUCAUCAAUAAAUCCCUUGACACCUGGUAGUGUCGGUCCGAGCAGUCAAUCACAAGUACAAGCAAAUUCACCUUCGCAACCAAUUAUCGCGCCAAGUCCUGGCUUUAUGAAUAUGGGCUCACCAAUGAUGAUGAAUACAAUCGGUUCACCGAUGACAAAUACUUCCACAACUCAACUGACAGCACCAUCACCUAUGGGCAUGCCAACGCAAUCACCAGGAAAUAUCUAUGAUAUGCCGUAUAUCAGUCCUGGAAAUCGACAAUCUGGCUCAACAUUUCCCGGUUCAUUUCUUGGACCAUCGCCUGGUACACCUGCUAAUAAUAACACAAUUACAUCUGCACCCACUCCAACAAACAUUCGAUCCGAUGAAAAUGCGACUAAUACGAUCAAAUCGACGUCAGCAUUGUACAGUUAUAAUCGCCAUUUAUCGGUUAAACAAUAUCCGGUCUAUAUGAGUCAGCAAACGUUUUUUCGAAUGGUGUUCACUCCCGAUGGACGACAAUGGUCGAAAUUGGAAUCCUUUCUUGCAUCAGCUGUUCUUGUUAAACAUUUCCAUUCAGCUGUUGCUGACCUUUACGAUCAGAACAAUCCAGCAAUACGACCGGUGCCAAACGAACAAGAUACAUAUCGAAUAGAACACUUAUCUAUACAAAUAGUCUUUGUAUUUGAUAGUAAUACAGCUACGUUUCGAAUCCAAUUAACAUCUAUCUCAGACUCAACUUCGCAACAGCAACAAGCUCCGAAUUUCGUUUGGUUAAAUGAUGAACUUCAAACAUUGGAAACGUUUUUCAAUGAAACUUUUUUCCCCAUAUCAAUCUUAAGCAAUUCAACGAAUCAAGUCAUUACACCAACACUUGACGCAUUAUCAUUAGCAGCAACAGCACCUAAUCGAAAUUCCGUCAUGGCAACAUUUGAACGAAUGCUCUCAUUUAUUCAUCCGCGUGUUCUACGUGAUCUAGUCAAAGUGAUUCGACUUGAACAGAAUCCUGAUAAUCAAUACUUAUGGCGUGUACGAUGGUGUUUAACAAUUCCCUCUGGCAAUGGUUUUCAACAAGUGGGCCAUCCAGGAAUUUCUUGUCAACCUGGUCAGCCCUACGUUUUUCUCUUUCAAUUCACUCCACGAACAAAUCGAAAUGAACUUCAAAUGUCUGCGAAUUUUAACAUGUCACCAUUCAUCGUCCCAUUAACGCAUGAUGUCACAACAAACCAAACUAAUCUAUGGGAUCGAUUUCAUAAGCAGAUGCUCUUGGGUAAUGAACAUAAAUAUCAGACUAUUAUCAACACUCUCAAAUUAUCCCGUGACAAUACUAGUAAAUACGAAUGUUCAUUGUAUGUCUCAAUCAUGGAAUUAAUCAUGAACUUGCAGCUACCUUCGAUGUCGAACUAUCUGUCUUGA